AUGCAGACGAGUCUCUACACUGAAAUCGCAAACCUGGUCAUGGCCUACGAUACAGAGAAUGGCGGCGGACUCUGGAGGCUUAUGUUGAAAUUCGGAUGUCCGAUGCGCUUCACAAACAUGAUACGCCAACUCCACGACGGAAUUAUAGCUCAAACUAUCGACAAUGGAGCACUCUUGGAAACAUCCGAAGUGGCUAGUAGAAUGGACCAGGGCUGUGUAUCCGUGCUCAUUCUCCUUAACCUUCUGUUCUGCGUUAUGCUGGCGAACGUCUAUCAUGAGGAGCUGUCAGGAGUCAACGUCGACUACAGGGUCGAAGGCCAGUUUGUCAGCACCCGACAAAUGAAGGCAUCUACGCAGACUUCAAUAGCCACUGUUCAUGAGCUCGUCUUCGUGGACGACUACGCGCUCAGUGUCACAGCAGCAGCAGUCGUGCAAGGAAGCAUCGGCAUCCGAUACGCCUCAGUGUACAAGGUUGUCUGCUUAGGCAGCACGUUCAAGCAGCAUCCUAAUCGACGAUAA